UCGCUGAUCUAAUAGUGCGGGCGACUAUGGACUUGCUGAGGCCACUUCGCGCGGAUAUCUCAUCGUACGUUGCGCUUUCGUUUACGGGUAUCGUCGAAGCAAGCUUGAAUUGCCAUAUGAUGCGCAGAACCACUUGAUCGGUCCACUACAUCUUGUCAGGUAAUUUCAGGUCGUAUCGGGGAGAAGCACUACAUUUUUCCAUCGCGUGUUUUGUUCUUCUCGAGGUAAUAAUUCCAACGUGUCUGCUUCGAAAGAUGUUUGUGCGAGACCGUUGCUUUCCAGAGACCCCUCGACUUGUUUCGCGUAGACCAAUAACUCCUCCGCUAGUGCUACUAAAGAUGGCAUCUUGCCGGUGUCUCAAGCAGUCGACUGUGGGCUUUGAAAAAAGAGUGGACUCCGUAGGGUAAGACAGAGGAACACAUGAAGGACUGUGUGGAGAACAUGGUCCCCAGUCAAUUGGUUGUAUUGUUGUAUAGUUACAGUGCAGGACCUGCACUGUCGCUUUGAUGAUCCGAUUCGGGAAUAAACCGAGCCGCCCAUGGUAUAUAUCCCCAGGAAAGGUAAUGAUGUUCAAACAAGCAACGAAACAGUUUUUGUCUGGGUUGGGCGCGGUCCCUUGAUCUGCAAGUUGGUGUUGGUGUAUGUUGGUCAUCCGGUAAUAAGUUGAUGGGGGUGGCUUCUCCGAAGCGAGAUGGCUGGCUCCCAAGCGGGUAAAACAGUUGCAAGUGCGAGUUGUUGUGGUAGUUCUCCUGCACCAUACAGAUUGUGAGUUGUUGAUAUCAUUGACGACAUGGAUGGAUUAUACCUGUAGAACUUACGAGUAUACACGAAACCAGAUGUAUAUGUUCGGCUUGAAUUGUGUAUAGCAAUUUGAAAUCUCUGGUUCAUGAUCGUCGCAUGCAUGCAUAUGAGGGGGGCUGAUAGCCGGUUCAGGCUAAUAAUCAUGAUCGGUGGCCAUGAUCAAAAGCUUGGGCUGUUCAAUCACCGUCUACGCUAUACAGCCACCCUUACUAUGAUUCGACACCGAAAAUCGCAGCAAUUCCCCUGUCAGACUUACCGCCCUGUUCGUGUGACUCCAGAAUAGGCGAAUACUAUGGUAAUAUGCGAUCAAGGUAUGUAACAGUACGGCACGGGUAGAACCGUGCAGACCUAUAGCCCGUCCCAUUUCGCCAUCUUUCUCGAUCUCAGUAAGAACAUUUCUUUAGCUUACUUUAGACUACCACGUCGUCGCGAGUCGUGUGUCCAAUUUUCUGCGCUAAAACUUUUUCUUUUUUGUCGCAAGUCCAAUUCCCUGGGCAUAUCUGGCUUUCAUCAUGAAUGAUGAUCAUGUAGACAAAGGCCCUAUGAUUGUGAGGGUGAUGGCCUCCACGAUCGCUGUUGGUGGUGUAUUUGUGUGGGCGCGUGUCUUCACACGUACGGUCAUCAGGCCUUUCUUUGGGCUCGACGAUGCCUUGAUUGUGCUUACCUGGUUCCUGAUUCUCGGCUACAACAUUGCCAUGUUCAUAUCGGUCCACCGUGGCUAUGGACGGCAUGUCACAGCACUGCUACCAGAGAGAUAUGUCGAAGCGAUACACGCGGAAGUCAUCGGGCAGGUAUUCGCUAUAGCGUCAUUUCCAUCAGGAAAGGCAUCCAUCGCAGUUUUACUUCUUCGGCUGUUCCCAGGAAAGAAACUGCGCUGGUUUCUCUGGACAUUUGUAGCCGCCAACGCCGUGUUCUUCUACAUCGAUGCGAUCUUUAUCUUGGUACAAUGCCAGCCCGUGGCAUUCCAGUGGGAUCACUCUAUCCCAGGGGGAAAGUGCUGGAACCCACAAGUUGUGAUUGUAUGGGGAUUUCUCACUGGCGUGACUGGUGCGUUGACUGACUUCGUUUUUGCUCUUCUGCCUUGGUUUUACAUCACCAAGGUCCAGAUCAGCCUCAAAGAAAAGCUCAGUGUUGGAGUCGCGCUGAGUGCUGGAUUUGCGGCUGGUGUUUGCUCCAUCAUGAAGAUCUAUUACACGAGUACCCUCGGCGCACAUGCCGACUACACAUAUGAUACGAUUCCGCUUAUCAUUUGGUCCUGCGUGGAGCUGGCUCUCAUCAACAUAGCAGCGUGCAUUCCUACCUUGCGUCCUCUGUACCUAUGGAUCAGGGGCGAAAAUGUCAAAGGCACAAGCAUGAAUCAAUCCGGCUACGAUAUGCGAUAUGGGAGCGGCACCGGACGCUUGAACAGAUUUGCCAACCGCAGUGGUGGAGCUACUGAAUUAGGCUCCUCCGAUCAUGUCCACGAACUCAACAUCUAUCAAUCCAAAACUCUCGAUGUCACGUUCGAAGAUCGAAAGGAUUACAAUUACGGCUACAAGAAGUCGUCCUCCCCUGGCAUACGCACCACUGUGGAGGUCCACCAUGGAAAUAACAAUUCUCAGUUUCGAUAA